GGCUACGGCGGAAGAAGCAAGCUCCCCGACAACCUGAAGCAACUGUUCCGGCCGGUGGCCAUGUCGGUCCCGGACAACCGCGUGAUCGCGGAGGUGCUGCUCUACGCCGAGGGGUUCACCCAGGCCAAGCAGCUGUCCUUCCGAAUCACCACCCUUUUCACCUCCCUCAGGCAGCUACUGUCCCCCCAGCAGCACUACGACUGGGGCCUGCGAGCCUUAAAGACCAUUUUGGUGGUGGCGGGCAGACUGAUCUUUGAGUCGAGGAGCAAAGGCGCCGGGGAGGGGGAGCUGCUUAUCCAGGCGAUCAGGGUUAACACUCUCAGCAAGCUUGCCUUCCAGGACCUUGACAAGUUCGAGAGCCUGCUCGCCGACGCCUUCCCCGGUGAGCCCCUCAACGACAUCUCUUACCCGGAACUCACCGCCAAAAUCCAGCUGGCCCUGCAGGAGCAGAAGCUUGAGCUCAUGCCAGGACAGUUGCAGAAAAUCCUGCAGUUUUACGAGGCCACUCAGCAGCGGAUCGGAGCGGUGCUGGUGGGGCCCUCGGGGUCAGGCAAAACCACGAUCUGGAGGACUCUGAAACGGGCCAUCGAGAUGCUCGACAAGACCGUCCACCUCUACCUCAUCAACCCCAAGUCCAUGCCCAGAAGUGUUCUCCUGGGCAGCAUGAACCACUCGACCCGCGAGUUUUCGGAGGGGGUUCUCACGACUGCCGCGAAGGACGCUGUUCGCCAACCUGCUGACGAGCUCUGCUGGGUGGUCCUCGACGGCGACAUCGACCCUGAGUGGGUGGAGUCGCUCAACAGCGUGCUGGACGACAACCGACUCAUGACCCUGCCGACUGGCGAGCGAAUCAGCUUCGGGAGGAAUGUCACUUUCCUGUUCGAGACGGACUCGCUCCAGUUCGCCUCGCCCGCGACUAUCUCCCGGAUGGGCAUGAUCUACCUCAACAGCCAGGACGUCACUCUGCAGGCCAUGAUCAAGGGCUGGUUCAACCAACUACCCGAGCAGCACCAGCAGCCUCUCAAGCCCUUCCUAACUCCUAUCGAGAAGAUCGCUGAGGGGGAUGGUAAAAAAGCUUGGCUCCUGCGAGUGAAAUCCAGCAGCAUCACGACCCUGCAGCCCGGCCCCAGACAGCCCUUGGCCCCUGGCAAGUGGCCAGUCGUGCAGUCGAGGGCCCUACUCGGAAACCUGACCGUCCUGGUCCCGUGGAUCCUCCAAGGCAAGUCUGCGCUGGUGGUGGGGCCCUAAGGCUGCGGCAAGGGCGUGCUGGUGGAGGCCGCGGUGGCGCAGAUCCGGGCCAAGGAAAAGAUAUAAGUCUGUGUGAUCCACUGCAACGCCAAGACAUCGAGCAGGGACAUUUUAUUCAAGCUGAAGCAGCUCUGUCUGAAAGGCAGUAGCGCGACCGGAAUCCUCAGGCCCAAGGGCUGCCAGCGACUGCUGCUAGUCCUGAAGGAGCUGAACCUGCCGCAGCCCGAUAAGUAUAACACCUGCGAGCUGGCCACCUUCCUGACCGGCUUGUUUUCCCACCACUCGUUCUACGACGAGAGUCUGGAGCAGGUAGCGAUCGCGGACAACAUCCAGUUCAUCGGGCUGGUCAAGCCAGAGUCCACGCUGGGCCGCUACCCUCUGACCACUCGCCUCAUCGCCUCAAUGCACGUGUUGGCAGUCGAGGGCGAAAUCCAGGGCCUGGAGGAGGUUGUCGGGUCCUUUGGGGGGUCUGCCUCAGGACUGCUGAAGGCUGUGACCAUGCUCAGACAGUCGUUUUCCUCAGAUGAGCACCCUCACUACUCGCUUUCCCCCCGGUUCGUCAGCAGUAUCGCCCUGGCCCUCACCCACUAUCGAGCCAGCUCCAAGGACGAAAUCGACCAGGCGCUUCUCCACGAGCUGGAUUUGCAGUACGGCAUGAGGAUGGUCACCCCCGAGCACCGACAAACUUUCGAAGGCAUUCUGGGAAAAGUAGGGUACAAGCCUGCGCUGUACAGCAACCUGGGCAAGUCCAAGCUGGAGCCGGCCUCCAGAUCGAGCCUGCAGGCCACUCUGAGCAAGGCUGCUGAAGAGGUGUGCUGGAAGGAGCAGCUGUCGACCCAGACGAUGGCGGUGCUGGCCGAGCACCGGCUGCGGGCGCUGGGCCUCAAGGAGGUCGAAAAGAUGUUGGUAAGGCUUCACAACGCGGUCAGGCGACCGAACAAUAACCCGCAAUUCUUCAUGAACGCGGUGACCAACUACGCAUCGAUCUUCCAGAAAGUGCGGGGCAGCAAGGAGGCCCAGGCGGUCAGGCUCAAGGCCGGCCUCGCGAAACUGGAGGAGGCCAACGAGGUGGUCAAGCAGCUCAGCCAGCAGGCCAAGAAGGAGGAGGCCAAGCUCACUGCCAAGCAGAAGGAGGCUGACAAGGCCUUGGUCAACAUCACUGCGGCCAUGAAGGAGGCCGCCGAGCAGAAAGCCGAAACUGAAAAAAUAGAAGAGACUCUGCGCAUCGAGGAAGUCCACAUCAAGUCCGCGAAGACCCAGGUCGAGGGCGAGCUGAUGAACGUGCAGCCCCUGAUUGACGAGGCCAAGCGGGCAGUCGGUGGCAUCUCCAGGAGCAACAUCGACGAAAGAUCACUGAAAGCGCCGCCCGAGCUGAUUGCGAUCGUGCUGAAGGGGGUGCUGCGGAUGUUCGGCAUCAUGGACAGCUCCUGGAACGCCAUGAAGAAUUUCCUGAAGGAUCGGACCAUCCUCGACCAGAUCCUGGACUUCGACCCCCGGCGGAUCACUCCCGAGAUGCGGCGGGACUGCGAAGCGUAGAUCAACAGCAACCCGAGCUACUUUAACCGGGACAACGCCUACCGCGCCUCGCAGGCGAUCGGCCCCCUCAGCGAGUGGAUCCGCGCAGUGCUCCGCUACAGCGAGGUCACCCAGCGCAUCAAACCCCUCGAAGACUCAAAGAACGAGCUCGAGCACAAGCAGAAGUCCAUCGAGCAGCUCAAGGAAAGUUUUGCUCGGACCACCGGCGAGGCCCAGCUGCUCAAGUCCAGCCUGGAGACCACCCAGGCCCAAAUCAGCAAGGCUACCCUCAUGCUUUCCAAGCUGGCUGCCAUCUGCGCGCUCAACUCCGCCUUCAUCACCUACCUCACGCCUGAGAACGAACUCGGUCGGGCGGCCCAGCUGGCCACCUGGAAAGAGGUCCUGCCGCUGGACUUCUCGUUCCUGCGCAGCAUCACCUCGGAAGCGGCCCUCUCGAAAGAGAAGAAGCUGGGUCUGGGCAGUGACCAACUCACACUCGAGAACUGCAUGGCAGGGCUGUUUUCGGGCAGGAGCAGUCUGUUCAUCGACCCAGAGGGGCAGACCGAUAGCUGGCUCGCGGCCCACUUCAAGGAGGAGCGCCUCGAGGUGAUCGGCCACUCGGACAAACGCUUCGUGAAUUCCCUCGAACUGGCUGUCAGGUUCGGGAAGACCCUGCUCGUGCGGGACCUGGAUGAGGUCGAGCCCAUUUUUGUGCCCCUCCUGCGCAAGGACCUGACUCGCCAGGGUGCCAGGUCCCUGGUCCGCGUGGGGGACAAGGUGGUCGACUGGAGCGAGGACUUCAGACUGAUCCUCACGACCCGAAACGUGCAGAUCUAGCUGCAGACCUACCACCUGGCGGCGCUGCAGGUUCUGAACUUCACGGUGACCAGGUCCGGCCUCGAGUCCAAGCUGCUCUCCCAGGUCAUUAACGAAUACUACCCCGAGGUGGAGAAGCAGAAAGCAGAGCUGGUGGAGAAGGAAGAGUUGAUGAAGGUCGACAUGGCCGGCAUCGAGGACAAGCUGCUGGAGCUGCUGGCCUCAUCGACUGGCAACAUCCUCGAGAACGACGAACUGCUCGCCUCCCUGAACGACUCGAAGGAGAAGAGCGAGGUGAUCAAGAAGGCGCUGGAGGAAGGGUCCCGCCUGCAGGCCGAGCUCGACCAGCAGCGGGAGGCUUUCAGGCCGCUGGCGGAGUCGGGCGCCUCUAUGUUCCUGACCCUGGCCAGCCAGGAGAAAGUCAACCCGAUGUACCGGUUCUCGCUGUCCUUCUUCACCGACCUGUUCAAGAAGCUGACCUGCAUUCUGGUCAAUGCCACCGCCCCCGCCAUGCUCAAGGAGGACCGCCUGGUGUUCGCCGUCAGCCUGGCCCACGCACUCAACCCUACCCAGUUCGGCCCCGGCGAGUUUGACUUCCUGAUCGGCGUCUCAAACACGAACCCUGCCAGGCAGAGGCUGCCCGGCUGGUGCAAGGACACCCAGUCGCAGGCAGCCUUCGACCAGCUGUGCGAGCUGCCCGCCUUUCAGAGUGUUCGAUUCGACAACUCAGAGUGGGAGGCCUGGCUCGCACACCCCACCCCCGAGGCUGAGCAAGGAACUUUGUCAACAAAGCUGACGACCUUUCAAAUGAUUCUAGUGAUCAAGGUGUUCAAGCCCGAAAGGCUGGUGGCCGCGCUCGAGGGGUUCGCUAGCAGACUGCUCGCCAUCCCCAACAUCAAGGCAAGGAAAUCAGUGUCAAAUAGCUGGCUGCAGACAAAAAGGCUCCUGUUCAUCACCACGCCCGGCUUCGACCCCACCAAGGAGAUCGAAGAAGAGGCUCAGCGCAAGGGCCGGCAGCUUGUGCAGAUGUCGAUGGGAGGCGGUCAGAAUGAGCUGGCAGUGGAAAUGCUGCGGAGGGCAGAAGCCGGAAAGUGGGUGGUCCUUAAGAAUCUGCACCUCGUCGUCCCCUUUCUCAGCCAGCUUGAAAAGGUCAUUCGCGCUCUGCCAGUCAAGGAGAGCUUCAGAAUCUUCUUGACCACGGAGGCGCACCACUCGUUCAACCCGGUGCUGCUCUAGAACUGCACCAAGGUGUACUACGAGGCCCCGCCUGGGCUCAAGAGGAACCUCUCACGGGCUGAGUUCAAGGACAACGACGGGAAGCUGGGCCUAAAGUUCGUCAUCGCCUUCUUCCACGCCGUGCUGCAAGAGCGCAGGACGUUCAUUCCGCAGGGGUGGAGCAAGUUUUAUGAAUUCGGGCCGGGCGACCUCCGAGCAGCAUGGACGAUUGCGGAUAGCGACCGGGCGAAGGACUGGAAUGCUCUCAGGGGUCUACUCCAGGAGGCCAUCUACGGCGGCAGGAUCGACACGAGCGCAGACCUUGCCAUUCUGCAGUGCUACAUCCGCAAGUUCUUCAAUGACGAGGUGCUCGGGGGCAAGGCUCUGAUGCCGAACUUGUCGGUCACCAAAUCGUUGUCAUUUGAUGGAGCCAAAAAGCUUAUCCUCGGCCUCGCUGAGAAGGAUGACCCAGAGAACUUCGGGCUGCCGAGCAAUGCAGACAAAGCCGUGCAAAGGCUUGCCUCCGACCAGCUGCUCAAAAUCCUGAGGAACCUGCAGCUCCCGACUUCUUCGGAGCUGCGAUUCUCUAAGGCGGUGUGGGCCAAGCUGCUGAACCCGCUGCUGGGCCGUUGGAAGCAGCUCGCAGAGACCCUGCCGAGGCACAAGCUCGAGGAUGCCUAGAUACGUGCUUCUGACCCGAUCGAGUCUUUUGUGUUUCUAGAGGUUCAGAAAUGCGAGCUGCUGGUCUCAACAAUUUCAGGGAACGUCCAUGAGCUUGACCUAGUCCUUAACGGCAAGCACGUACUCACAUCCGACUCUGAGAAGGUGGCCAAGAGCCUGCUGGCAGGGACGGUUCCUGCUCAGUGGUCGCAAGUGUGGGACGGGCCCUAA